AUGGCUACGAUUUCGUCAGCUCCGGCUCCUGGGAUGCAUCAAAUCGAUCUUUCUAAGCUUAAUAUUCACCAGUUGGCCAAGUUGAAACAGCAAUUAGAUCAAGAAAUAAAUGUUUUUCAAGAUUCUUUACAAACAUUAAAAAUGGCUCAAGGUAAAUUUGUAGAAUCAGGGGAAAGUGUUGAAAAAAUUACACCAGAAACAAAGGGAAAGACUGUUCUUGUACCUCUCACUGGGUCUAUGUAUGUACCUGGUGUCAUAGCAGAUACAGAAAAUGUUAUUAUAGAUAUUGGAACUGGAUAUUAUGCCAAAAAAGAUAUAGAAGGUGCUAAAGAUUAUUUUAAACGAAAGGUGCAAUUUGUCACCGAACAAAUGGAAAAAAUUCAAAUGUUGGGCAUUGAAAAGUCUAAAGCCCGAGAUGCCAUUAUGAUGAUGAUGGAAAUGAAGGCGCAAGCUCAAGCACAAGCACAGAAGUCUACCUCA